AAUAACAAGUUUCUGAACGUUUUCCUCGACAGACUGAUCGUAAAUUAAUUUCGUGGGGUUGUUCGCGAACAGUGUUUCGCAAUACAAAUAAUUACAGUAAAACAAUAAUCAUGUUAUCCAGCCUCAGGUCUGGAGUUCAAGGUUUGUGGCGAGCAUCGUCCAGAGCGCUCCAGACAACAGCAAACUUACAACAUGAUAGCUUAUUUGUGCACCGAGACACCCCUGAAGAUAAUCCAAGUAUUCCCUUUGAAUUUACACCCGAAAAUAAGAAGCGUGCUGAGGCUCUCUUAGCUAUAUAUCCUGAAGGUCACAAGCGAGGGGCUAUGAUCCCAUUACUAGACUUGGCCCAGCGUCAAAAUGGUGGCUGGCUCCCAAUAUCUGCUAUGCAUAAGGUAGCUGAACUAUUAAACCUUCCUCGGAUGAGGGUAUAUGAAGUGGCUACCUUCUAUACCAUGUUUAUUAGGAGACCCAUUGGCAAGUACCAUGUUCAAGUGUGCACAACAACACCUUGCUGGUUACGGGGUUCUGAUGCAGUACUUAAUGCUAUCAAAGAAGCAACGGGCUGUGAGGUUGGGGGAAACAGCCCUUGUGGAAAAUUCUCAGUAUCUGAGGUGGAAUGUUUAGGUGCAUGUGUUAACGCACCCAUGGUACAAGUUAAUGACGAUUAUUAUGAAGACUUAAGCGUUGAGGAUACUAAAGAAAUAAUUGAGAAGCUAAAGAGGGAUGAAAAGCCAAAACCUGGACCGAGGAGUGGAAGAUAUGCAGCAGAACCUCUUGGUGGGCUAACAUCUUUAACUGAAGAACCAACAGGGCCUGGUUACGGCUUACAAGAAGGCCUGAAAGCUUGAACAACCUGUUGUGUAAAAAUUAAUUUAAUAGGAAUAUUUAAAUAAAAUCAUGUUAGAUAAU